GCUAGAGACCAUAGUUGACAGGAUCCCUGUCAGGAUUCUGUAAGUCUUAGAUUAGGUAUAUAGGUUUGUCAGUUAGGGGUUAGAGUCUACGUGGUGAGGAGUGGAAUCAUCCUGAUUUUGCACCUAUCACCAUGGUUGAGACCCGUACUGGGUUAGAGACUAAUCCCGAUAGUCAGGAGCAGCAAGAAAAGAUGGCUGCCUUAGUCAGAGAGAGUAGGGAGAGGAAAGAGCGUGAGAAGCAAGCGAAGCUAAAGGCUAUCGAAGAUGAACAAGUGGCGAAGAUGAAAAGAUUGGAGGAGGAGAUGAAGAAAGUACAACAAGAGGAGGAAGAAAGAAGAAAAGCUGCUGAAGCAGAAGCGGCAGCAGAAGAAGAGAAAGAGAGGAUGAGGAUUGAGAGUGGAGAAGGGAGUAGUGGUGGCACGAUGACAAGGGAAACAGAUACAGGGUUAGAGAAGAAGAUCAGCGAGUGGGUCGCUAAUUUAUCGUUUGGGGAAGAGGAGGAGGCAGAGUCCUAUGUAACUAAGGAUGAGAAGGCUGUGCUGGCCGCCGAGCUAGCAGCCAUGACAGACCCGAUGGAACGAAGAGAGAGGGAGGAGGAACAAAAGUUAGCAUGGAAGCCGAGGAUGAAGAGAGAGAAGAAGAAGAGGAGAGAGGAAGUGAACAAGAUGACCGCAAAGGUGGCAAAGGUGCAGGAGUGUAGAGCGGAGGUGCUGGCCCAACCAGACGAUAAGGCCAAGUGGGACAAAGUACUGGGUGUUAGGAAUGGAUACCGCAAACAGAAGUUCUCCGUGCAGGCGCAGGUGGUCGUGGAUUUGGAUUUGCGGAUCCUCGACGUCCACGUCAGAUACCCUGGAAGUGUGCACGACGUCCGUGUCCUGCACAAUUCCCAGUUGUUUAGGCGUGCAGAAAGUGGCGAGUUGUUCGACGCAACUCCGGAGAAUCUGCCGCAUGGUGUCGUCACGCGAGGCUACCUGCUGGGCGACAACGGUUAUCCAGUUGCCUGUCCGUGGAUUGUGUCGCCGUACGGAGGAAUCGACCAAGGUGCUGACGAGGAGCGCUUCGACACGCGGCAAAAGGUGGCACGGGGGUGUGUGGAGAGGGUAUUCGGCCGACUCAAGUCCACGUGGCGUCUGUUCUUGAGCACCCAUAAGACGAACCUAGAGACCUUGCCACAACAAUUCGUGGCUGUCUGCACUCUCCACAAUAUCCUCCUGGACGCAGGGAUCGACUUCGACGAGAACCUUUUGUGGGAGGUGGAUGCGAAUGGCGUUCGGCGUAGAGUGGACUUGGGCAUUGUGGGGAACGACGCAGGCGCGCGGGGAUGGUGCACGAACGUGGAAGGUGAAUUGUUGAGGGAUGCAUUGCGAGACUGCCUAGCUUUGAUGUAGGACCGUGCGGUAGGGAGGUGGUGCACACGGGGUGGUUCGAUCGGUAGGCGGUUGGAGUUAUU